CUUGAGGUGAACGUCACUUUAUCAAGAUAUUUGUCUUCCCUCAGACCACAGACAUUAUUUAUAUUCAGAGAGAGUGAAACUAUUUCACAGUCACUAUCACUGAGAAGUAAAAUGGCGCAGCAAGAAAAUCAGCUGGACCGAGAAACCUUCUCUUGUUCGAUCUGUCUGGAUCUGCUGAAGGAUCCGGUGACGACUCCCUGUGGACACAGCUACUGCAUGAACUGUAUUCAACACUUUUGGGACGGAGAGGACGAGAGGAGGAUCUACAGCUGCCCUCAGUGUCGGCAGAGCUUCACCCCGAGGCCCGUCCUGCUGAAAAACACCAUGUUAGCAGCUCUGGUGGAGCAGCUGAAGAGGACUGAAGCUGCUCCUGCUGAUCUCUGCUACGCCGGAGCUGAAGAUGUGGCCUGUGAUUUCUGCAGCGGGAGGAAACUGAAAGCAGCGAAGUCCUGUCUGCAGUGUCUGGCCUCUUACUGCGAGCGGCACCUCCAGCCUCAUUAUCGAUCAGACACAUUCAAGAAACACCAGCUGGUGGAGCCCUCCGAGAAGCUGCGGGACAACAUCUGCUCUCGUCACGACGAGGCGAUGAAGAUGUUCUGCCGCACCGAUCAGCAGUGUAUCUGUUAUCUCUGCUCCGUGGAGGAACAUAAAGGCCACGACACAGUGUCAGCUGCAGCAGAGAGAGACGAGAAACAGAGAGAGCUCGAGGGGAGUCGACUAAACGUCCAGCAGAGAAUCCAGGACAGACAGAAAGACGUGAAGCUGCUGCAGCAGGAGGUGGAGGACAUCAACGCCUCCGCUGAUAAAGCAGUGGAGGACAGCGAGAGGAUCUUCACCCAGCUGAUCCGUCUCCUGGAGAAAAGCCGCUCCGACGUGAAGCGGCAGCUCAGAUCGCAACAGCAAAGCGAAGUGAGUCGAGUCAGAGAGCUGGAGGAGGAGCUGCAGCAGGAGAUCAGCGAGCUGCAGAGCAGAGACGCUGAGCUGGAGCAGCUCUCACACACAGACCAUCACACCCAGUUUCUGCUCAGCUACGCCUCACUGCCAGCACUCAGCGAGUCCACGCACUCAUCCAGCAUCAAGAACCGUUCUCGGCACAGCUUUGAGGAUGUGACAGGGGCUGUGUCAGUAGUCAGAGACAUACUACAGGACGUUCUGAGGGAGAUGUGGACAAGCGUCUCACAGGCAGGGACUGAAGGGAGUCGAGUCAAAGAGUUUCCAGAGCCCAAGACCAGAGCUGAGUUCUUAAAAUAUUCUCGUCAAAUCACACUGGAUGCGAACACAGCACACACAGUGCUAUUAUUAUCUGAGGGCAACAGAAAAGUGACAGUAAUGAAUAAAAGACAGUCGUAUUCUGAUCACCCCGACAGCUUCACCGGCCUGUAUCAGAUCCUGAGUGGAGAGAGUCUGACUGGACGCUGUUACUGGGAGCUGGAGUGGAGAGGAGGAGCUGAUCUGGCAGUCGCAUACAAGAAUAUCAGCAGAGCCGGGGACUCGGAUGAAUGUAGACUUGGAUGGAAUGACAAAUCUUGGGCAUUAAAUUGUUUACUUAACAGUUAUAUAUUUUUGCACAACAAAGUCCAAACUCCCGUCUCAGGUCCUCGGUCCUCCAGAGUCGGAGUGUACCUGGAUCACGGUGCAGGGAUUCUGUCUCUGAAACCAUGA